CCCAAGGUCAUCUCCCACUUGACCAUAAGGGGCUAAACAGAUUGGAGGAUGUUUAAUCCUUUUACAAAUCUGGGCAUGAGAGAGAUUGCCGAUGGUUCGGCCCCAAGGUCAUCUCCCACUUGACCAUAUAUUGGAUUUUCCGUAUGCUGUUAGGUGGGCGUGUCAACAUGAUUGGCAGCAAACAAACAGAUUUUCGUUACGGGUAUAUAGGGACCAACUAGAUCGGAUGACGGAAGAUGAGUUCGAAUGGAUCCCCUAUCCGUUGAUGAACCUUCCAGCAUAUUGUCAUGAUGCGAACGAUUUGUGGGCUGCGGAGGUUCCAUUGAUUUAUACACGUUUUUCUGAGGCACACUAUCCUAGGAGGUUUUGUCGUCAAUUCAACGCAUAUCAGGAUCGACCCGCUCCGGUUGUGGCAGGGCAUCGUCACCACAAUAGUGGAUCACGAUUCAUGGUCGAGCUUGUUGAAGAAUGGGCAUUACGGUGGAACAAAAUAUUCCCACUUCAGUGGGUUGACGAAGGUCC